AUGGCAUUCCUACGGUUUUUAACAUAUGAUCCUGUAAGGGAUCCAUCAAAGAUGAAGGUUAGAGUGCCACAAAAGACAUUCCCAACCAAAAUUGUAAAGGGUUUGCUUGCCGAGCUUAUUGGCACUCUGUUCCUUGUAUUCUUUUGUGGUGGUUCUGUCACUGCAGCCUUUUACUUCCCAGAUGGUGAUCCCGCUGCCAGAAUCCUCCUCAUUGCCACCAUCCAAGGUUUUGCCUUGGCUGCUAUCAUCUAUGCCAUCUCUGGUGUAUCUGGUUGCAACUUGAACCCCGCCAUCACCGUUGCCAAUCUUUUGUCGGGCAGAACCGGUUUCAUCAAUGCUCUUGCCUACAUUAUCGGUCAAGUAAUUGGAUGUAUUGCCGGUGCAGGUAUCCUCUACGCCUGCAUUGAAUGGAGAUACCAAAUGCGUCUAGGUAACACUCGUCUCGGAGACGGUAUUCCAGCCGGUAACGGUUUCCUCAUGGAAUUAUUCACCACUUGUCUCUUGUGUCUUGUUGUACUCGGUACAUCUGUAUUCAAUGUUUGGGAUCGUAGAUUAAAUAGAAUUGCACCAUUUGCAAUUGGUAUGACUUUGUUUGCAGGUGUUGCAGUUGCCAAUCCAUUCACUGGUGGUUCACUCAACCCAGUUAGAACCUUGGGUCCAUCCAUCAUCUCUGGUACCUGGGCCAACGCCUGGAUCUACUGGGCCGGUCCACUCAUCGGAGGUGUCUUGGCUGCUUUCAUAUUCAGAGUAUUGUUGCAAGAAAGAUUCGAUGUCAUCGAUAAACCAGGUUACGUUCCAUUUGACUUUACCUCUUUCAAGGGUGAUAUGCAAACCUAUUAA